CCCUGCUCUCCUCCCCGCUCGCCACCGCACGCCCCCACCCCGGGUCGGCUCGCCUCCGCCGCGGCCGGGCGUCCGUUUCCCCACCCCCACCCCCUCCGUAGCUGCGCUACCGGAGGAAACGGAAGAAAGCGCGAGCCAUGGAGGGGAACCGGGAUGAGGCGGAGAAAUGUGUGGAGAUCGCCCGGGAGGCCCUCAACGCCGGCAACCGUGAGAAGGCCCAGCGCUUCCUGCAAAAGGCGGAGAAGCUCUACCCACUGCCCUCGGCCCGCGCACUAUUGGAAAUAAUUAUGAAAAAUGGAAGCACUGCUGGAAAUAGCCCUCACUGCCGAAAACCAUCAAGUUGUGGUGAUCAAAACAAGCCUAACUGUACAAAGGACAGCCCAUCUGGUAGCAGUGAAAGUGGAAAGGGCUACACCAAAGACCAAAUAGAUGGAGUUCUCAGCAUAAACAAAUGUAAAAAUUACUAUGAAGUACUUGGAGUUACCAAAGAUGCUGGUGAUGAAGAUUUGAAAAAAGCUUAUAGAAAGCUUGCUUUGAAGUUUCAUCCAGACAAAAACCAUGCACCUGGAGCAACAGAUGCUUUUAAAAAAAUUGGAAAUGCUUAUGCUGUUUUAAGCAAUCCAGAAAAACGAAAGCAGUAUGACCUCACAGGCAAUGAAGAACAAGCAUGUAAUCACCAAAACAAUGGCAGAUUUAACUUCCAUCGAGGUUGUGAAGCUGAUAUAACUCCGGAAGACUUAUUUAAUAUAUUUUUUGGUGGUGGAUUUCCUUCAGGUAGUGUACAUUCAUUUUCAAAUGGACGAGCUGGUUAUAGCCAUCAACAUCAGCAUCGACAUAGUGGACAUGAAAGAGAAGAAGAAAGAGGAGAUGGCGGUUUUUCUGUGUUUAUCCAACUGAUGCCCAUUAUUGUAUUGAUCCUCGUGUCAUUAUUAAGCCAAUUGAUGGUCUCUAAUCCUCCUUAUUCCUUAUAUCCCAGAUCUGGAUCAGGACAAACUAUUAAAAUGCAAACAGAAAACUUGGGUGUCGUUUAUUAUGUCAACAAGGACUUUAAAAAUGAAUAUAAAGGAAUAUUAUUACAAAAAGUGGAAAAGAGUGUAGAAGAAGAUUAUGUGACUAAUAUUCGAAAUAAUUGCUGGAAAGAAAGACAACAAAAAACAGAUAUGCAGUAUGCAGCGAAAGUAUACCGUGAUGAUCGGCUCCGAAGGAAGGCAGACGCCUUGAGCAUGGACAACUGUAAAGAAUUGGAGCGGCUGACCAGUAUUUAUAAAGGAGGAUGAACUGGGAUUGUAUUUAUACCUUUUAGCGUACUCUUUAUUUUUUCUGUAAGUAAGUUUAGUUUUAUCAUGAGAGCUAAAGAAAAAGACUGGAUGUUAAAAACUAAACUGAAUAGUUGGUCCCUGAAAUCUUGGACUGUUUAUGACCUACUGGCUCCUUUAAUAGUAGGGAACUGAAAACUAAAAUUAAUGUUUUAGUUACGCUUCUGGCAAUUAUUUUCACUUUAAAAGCUUAUAUUGUUCCUAACUAAAAAUGUCUUGAGAAAGGAUUAUCACACCUGUAGCCGUUUCCAGUUUUAGUGAUUCUUCAUGUUUCCUUUGGUCAUGUAAAUAUUUAUGGAAUGAUCAUUUUGUGUACAUAUGGGUUACUGCAUUUUUAUUUAAAUUCUUUUAGCAUUUAACUCCAUGAGACACUUUAGUUUAAACUGAUAGAAUACAUGGUCUGUGACAAAAUUACGUUUUUCUUGUCAGAUGUUGAAUGUUUGUGGAGUUUAAGCAAUGAAACUUUUUCAAAAAGAAAAGAAACAACAAAAAGCUAUUUAACUGUGUAAAUCUUGUAGCAUUAUCAGCUUAGAGGGAAUUGAUAUUUUUAAUAUUGUCAUUAUAUUCCAGAAUAUAUAUUGAGAUACAUGAACUGGUGUAGAGUAUCAGUUUGCUAUUUAGUUUUAUGAAUUGCUAAGCCAUGCAUAGAAAUGAAAUGCUAUACUGAUAGAUUUUAAAGAAAAUAUGAGAAAAUGGCUAUGUAGAUAUUAAACAAAAAUGGUCUUCAGCAGUAAAUUGAAGUUAUGUAAUUUGCAAUUCCAGUAAUUCAAAGGCCCCACCACAUGUUUAUAUGUCUGUCUUUAAAGGCUGCUAAGAUUUAUGAAGAGGACCCACCUGUUUUGCCCCCCUUGGAAAUUUUAGUUUCUUCUUAGUGAUCAUUUGAGCAGGAUCCAAAGUAAAUGGGUUCUUUCUACAAAUGAGUAAUAAGAGAAAAAUACUACAAAAUCGAAGCUUUGUGCCUUUUAACCUGAUUGCCAACUCUUAAACAUAUAAGUAGAUUACAGCACACUUACUUGAUCAGAGCAUGAUCUAUUUGGCCACGUGCAACAGUGAGCAGAAAUAUAGCAGCAGGUAGAAUAGUGAUUUAUAGCAAGUUAUCCUUACAAAAUUCUGAGCUAAAAACUAUUUGCCAUUGAGUAAUUCAAUUAAUCUUAUAGGAGUAAGCUCUCUGUAACUCAAUCCAUAAUAUAAAUUAGAAAAAUAAGCUGGAAAUUGAAGUUUUUGGUGCCUGUAUAUUGAGUAUGAAACUAUUUGAUUUCUAGUCUUCUAUGUUUAUCAGUUCUAAUAUUUUAACGAUUUUGCUUCAUACUCAGUUAAUGGAACACAAAUGCAUCUUUGGUAAUUUUUUGUAUGUGUGAAAGCAUGCUAGUUCUAGUGGCAGUGUUCUUUUGGUUAAAGAUUUUUUUUUUCUGACUGUAGUUGAUUUUAUAGCAUUUGUUGAAUAAAACUGCUAAAAUGACCAUUCUUUUUAAAAUGUUCUCUUGUAUCCCCUUUUCCAGGUGAAUCAGUAAAAAUAUCUGAAUUAGUGAAUUACACUAAACAACAUACUGCCCUAGGAAAACUGGACAGCUUCACUAGUUUUCUUUUAGAAAUGAAACUUUUAAAUUAAAAAAAAGAGCA